AUGCGUCUUCUCGUGCUAUUCCUGGCCAUUGCCAGCAUUUGCUUUGGCCAGAGCCUGACUGCUCGUACCAGCCAGAACGAUGAACUCUACAACUGCGUCGCCAAUGUCUUCUCAACCACGGCAUCUCAACGCAUCGUGCGACCUGAGGACGACACUUACCUCGACGCACGCUUGGGGGAAACUAUUCAAUUUACUGAGCUCCCUGUUCUGAUCGCGUAUGCGGAAAAGGCCGACGAGGUUGGCCGUCUGGUGAAGUGUGCGCAAGUGGCUGGAGUGAAGGCAGUCCCUCGCAGCGGUGGCCACAGCUUCACAGCCUAUUCCGCGUUGAAUGGGACGCUCGUCAUCGAUAUUGCCCACAUCAACAAUGUUGAAGUCUCUCACGACCGCCAUACGGCUACCGUCGGCGCCGGUAUCCGACUGGGCGCCCUCUACACAGCUUUGGAUGCAUACAACACUUCCUUCAUAGGCGGCAUUUGUCCCACCGUCGGCCUCGCCGGAUUUAUAGGGUCCGGCGGGUUCAACAUGCAACAGAGGUCGCAGGGGUUGGGUGUGGACCAUGUCCUUGCGGCGAAAGUUGUAACCGCUGACGGACUGACGGUCGUGGCCUCGCCGGACUCACACCCAGAUCUCUUCUGGGCCAUCCGCGGCGGCGGUGGCGGUACAUACGGUAUCGUCGUUGAAUUCACUCUGUCUUUGACAAAGGUGCCACGAUCGGCUAUGCUUCUCCUGAGCUGGAAUGAGACCGAGUCCCGCUUCCCCGUCGCUCGGCGGUUUCUCGAUUGGGGCCCGAAGCAGGAGCCCGCCUUCAUGUCGCAGAUCAACGUCUACCACGACAAGGUGCAGGUGGUGGCAAUGCAUUACGGUCGAUCGGCGCUGGCGCUUCGCAGCCUGGUGAACAGCUCCGGGCUGUUGAGCAUUGGUCACCCGGAGGUCAUAAUUGCGGGUGGCUGCAACAUCGACAACGCCCGAAUCUUUGGAUACACUACAAUGGAAUGCCUUCCGGACGACAAGGUGGACGCGUCCAUCCUGAAUGUCAUUCCAGAUCCUUUCAGCAAGGUCGGCGACCACCCCCAGUUCCAGUACAACGAAAAGCGCAAGUCCGACAGCGUAGGGGCUGCGCAACCUUGGGAGCGCUUCUAUCGUCUAAGCAAAUCCUUCUUCGUCGAGAAGAAACGGCCGCUCCGGGAUGAUAUUCUGCGAGGAAUCCUGGAUCGCAUCAGCAAGCUGGACGAGGCCAGCCAGAUCUGGGGCGAAUGGCACUCAUGGAAUAUCCCCCAGAAAGCCCCUCGCACCAAGAGUUCUUUUCCCUGGAGGGAUGAGGCGUACGCACAUCUGGAGUUCCAGAUCCAUGGCUCGCAAAAUGAAACACAGCAGCAUAUCUACGAGGACUGGUUUGCAGACCUGGAAUCGUUCUUGCGGCCAGCGGUUGGACCAGCGAGCUAUUCCGGGUACAUGGACGAGGAUAUUUCGACCAACCCGCUUACGUCCUACUAUGGGGACAGCGUCUGUCGGCUGAUUGGGGUGAAGCAAAAGUAUGAUCCCGACGAAUUCUUCAGGAACCCGUUUUCUAUUCCAGCAUCGCCGCCCGAGGGUAUUAAUUGUUAG